AUGUCUGGCAGCAUGAGCUCUGCGACAUUCAGCGCAUGUGCUGUUGCACAUAAGCAGGCCUCCUCAAGGGCUUCACGCAACAGCGUGAGAGCCUUGAAGCGAACUGAAACCCGCGUGGCCUCCAAGGCGUCCAUCAUAACGGAGGCAGUCGCGCAGUUUGAGACCAUUACGCAGUUGCAAGAAGUAUGCGGGCAGCAGCAAGGCAGCAGCGGCAGCAGCAGCGGCAGUAGCAGCAUGGGAUACUACACGCUCUUUCUGCUGGAAAGAUGGACCCUGGAUGAAUGCAGUUCAAUGAUUGAUAGAUUGCAACGCGUAUUGGAAGAGAAGGAAGAGGGUGUGCGGGCCGCACAACAACAGCUUGCGGCUGCACAGGCGGAGCAUGACGAGGUCUGGACGGCUCUUGCGCAGGCACAGGUGAAGUGGAUGAUGACGGAGGUGGAGAGGGUGAAACGCGAUGCUGAGUGGGUGAAGGAGCAACAGCACAGGCAGCAGCGCAUGAAGGACGCACAUGACUUGGACUUGACACUUGAGCAAUGCAUCCGUGAUAAAGACCGCGAGGCCUUUGAAGCGACAAUGAACUUUGUUCUAACACUGCCUGACGACAAACAGGCGAUUGCAGCGGCGAAAAGGGCGAUGGAGGAGAAAAGGCAGGAGCUAAAGGACCUGCGCCAACAACGAGAGGACUUGGUCAGAGAGAUACAGGAGCUACGGAAAUGGAAAGAGGAGGAGAGGAAGAAGAAGGAGGAAUGGCAGAAGGGAAGGAAGAGAAGGGAGGAGGAACGGAAGCAACGGCAACACAAAGGGUGGGUGCGCUCGUUGACGACAUUGCUGCAGGCGGCAGGUGAGCCGCUGCCACACACCACAAGUGCCGAGCAUCUGUGGACUGUGGUGUCACAGGUGGUGGACGACGCCCUGGCAACAGCGUGGGAGGCCGGCCUUGUGCCCGCCGCUGCUGGCCCGCCCCGACUGGCCACCAUCACUUUAUCUGCUCUCCAAGCUAUCAAGAAGCGCGUUGCGGAGAAGAAGAGCAGCUCACGCGCCGCGAUCAGAGACGAAUUCUUCUUCAUGACGCCACCAAGCAGCAUCACCAAGCCCGAGAAGAACCCGUAUCUCGUCUACUGGCCGGACAAUGCCCAGUUCUUCACCGACAUAUGGCGAGAGCCACUCGCGAAACAGUUUGAGCUGAAGGCUGAUGACAUCACGCCACAAGCAGUGAUUGCAAAGAUUCACGAAAUACCAGUGCUGGAGGUGUCCAGCAGCCGUGGGCCCCGCCCCAGGGGGCGCCAAGUGACGCUUGGCCUGCGACAAGGUUUGCCUUCACCAAAACUGCUGACAACAGGAUGGGCCAACGAAGCGGAGAUGCGCCCCGAUAUCGCUCAGCACCUUAACGGCAUGGCUUUGCGCCUCGGAGCCUGGGUCACGUUCAAUAGUGCGGUCCCAAUCAUGAAGUUCAAGUCAGGCACCCGCCCCAAAACAGACAUUGUGAUGGUGGAUGGUCGCACAAACACAAAAGCGGCCGUAUUUGAGCUCACGCUAGGCGAGGAUGCUGACUCGCUUGGCCAGUUGGCAGCGUACGCACACCACGCAAUUGUGGCGAACGUGCACCGCAUUGCAGGCGAGCACGUGCCUCUGGAGAAGCUGCCCCUGCUCGCUGGGCUGGCGAUGUUUGGGCUGCGUGUCAGCCCGGUGCAGACCACCGUGGUGGAGUUUAUGGUGGCCAACGCCGGUGGAGUGGUGAAGAUGGUUGCCAACAACAUCAUUUCCAUACCAACGAGGAACAUUGGGCAGGUUGCUAUGGCCAUUUCCUGCUUUGCGGACUUCCUGCACGCGAAGUACGACCACGCCAUCAAGCAGAACACUGAGCAUGGCAGCGACUUUGCGCUGAACGUCAUGAAGCCCCAUGUGCUGCACUUCAACCCCGACAGCGGCAAAGAGGCACCGAAAGUGCUCAGUUCCGUCGCCAACAAAGGAAGCGGAUACGUGUGCAAGUUCAUCAAGACUGGGCACCGUGCUGGCGACCUGCGUGCUGAAGAGAUUGAGAACAUGUGGAAGUAUGUCAACGGGCAACGCGCUUGCCGUCGCAUCCCCACCACCAACAGCACCGCCACCAACAGCAACAUCAGAAGCAGUGGCAACGGCACGCAGAUGAUUGCGGUGCCCCACCUCGGGUCGACCCGCGCUCACAUUCACGAACAGCACGUUGUGCAGCUCUGCAACAGCUUGUUUUCCCUGUCAGCCGCUGGCCUGGUUCACGCCGAUAUCCACACCGGCAAUGUUGCUGUAAUCGGCGACGAAGCUGCCCUCAUCGAUUUUGAGCUGACUUGCUUUGACGCCGACGUCAUGAAGGCGGCGGGAUAUGAGCCGACUGGGGUUGCUCUUGUCACAGACCUGCCUGAGCGGUCGGCACGCAUCCGCGCAGCUGGUGAUGAGUUAGUGACCUGUCGCAUCGAGGAUGACUGGAUUGCCAUGUUUUACGUGUGCAGCCUCCGCUCUGCGCUCUACGAGAGAGCACCGCAGAGGGCACACAGGGCAACCAAGGACGCCAUGCUGGCCGCGUUGAAACACCUCGAGCAGCAGCAGCAGCAGCAGCAGCAGGGGGAGAAGGAGGGGAAGAAGGAGGAGGAGGAGAAGGUGGUGCUGCUCGGGAUGAGCCCGCCGCCGCCGCCGCUGUGUGAGGUGCUGGGCCGCAUCAAGGAGGUCAUCGAGGAGAUCCCGCUGUACGACUGAGUCUGACCUGACCGCGCGCUUGGGAGAAGGGGAGCCAUGUGUGUGCGUGUGUGUGUGUGUGUUUGUGAGUGUGUU